GCACUGCGAGCGCACCCCCAGCCCCGUGACGGCGAACACCGCGUUGGGCUCGAGCAGCAGCUGGUCCUCGGACAGAAAACGAAAGUCUUACUCAUUAGGAUUGAAAGUUGGUGGCGCACUUGGGGCCGUGAAACGCAGCCGCAGUGUUCCCAGCGGUCCCUCGUCGGCUUGCCCGAGGUGGAUUACCCGAAGAACAGGACACGAGUCGGUGUGCACCGUUCCCCUUUGCAUUUUGAGAUCUUCGCCUCCACCUAAGCAGGCCCUCCCUGCCAGGCGCAUCAUGCCCCUCGAGAGCGCACCGUGCGGCGAGAUGGCGGCAUCGUCUGCGGCGCCGCGUGUUCCACGUGGCAAGCGUGGAGGGCAGCAGGCACUCCACUGUGCAGUCUGCGAGAAGGAGUUCCGAUCCAAGAGUGCCCUGCAGGUGCACUUCCGAGUCCACACCGGGGAGAUGCCUUUCGAGUGCACGCUCUGCGAUAAGAAGUUUGCUCAUAAUGGAAACCUAACAACGCACCUUCGGAUCCACUCCGGGUUGAAGCCUUUCGAUUGUGCCAUUUGCGAGAAGAGGUUCACGCAAGGAGGAAAUCUGAGAACGCACCUUCGCACUCACACUGAGGAGAAGCCAUUCGAGUGCACAGUUUGCAAGAAGAGUUUCUCUGUCAGUAGCGCUCUUAGAAGGCACCUGCGGACCCACACCGGGGAGAAGCCUUUCGAGUGCACAGUUUGCCACAAGAGUUUUACUGAAGGUGGAAAGCUAAAAUUGCACCUUCGUACUCACACUGGGGAGAAGCCUUUCGAGUGCACUGUUUGCCAGAAGAGUUUCAGUGGAAGCUGGAGUCUGAGAAUACACCUUAGAAUGCACACCGGGGAGAAGCCUUUCGAGUGCACAGUUUGCCACAAGAGUUUUACUGUAAGUGGAAACCUCCGAACGCACCUUCGCACGCACCUUCGCACGCAUACUGGGGAAAAGCCUUUCGAGUGCGCAGUUUGCAAGGAAAAGUUCGCUUAUGCUGGAUUUCUAAAAAAGCACCUCCGGACCCACAUUAGCGGAUAGAAGCCUUAGGUGUGCGCAGUUGGCAAGAAGUUUAGCGGGAAGAAGAUCAUAGGAAGCCCUUCCGGACACAGUGGGGAGAAGAGGUUCGCGUGCUUUUGGGUUCAAUUUCCAUAAAAGUUUAUUUGUGUUUCUUUCCUGUCCGAAAUGAACUGUUCCCAGUCAACGAUUAAGCAGUUUGACGACAGCAAUUUUUCGAAUGAGUUCGUCUUCAUCUCUUCGAUGAUCCAAAGCUUUCCGUCAUUAUAUCCUAGUAGUUAUUCACCUUACCCCGGCAAUUUUGUGAGUUUUUGUCUUUUCAGUUUAUUUCUGUGACCCGUUGAUUGUGUUUUAGGGUCUGGGUCUAAAAAAAUCUAAGAUUCGGACAGCAAACGCAAUUUUCAAGACGUUGCCUUCCCUUCUAUUGACUAUAUAUUGAUCUUUGGUUGACAGUCAUGGUUUAAAUAGUUCGAUGAGUUUUUGUUUUGCUGACGGACGUUGUGUUAAGUCUAAUUAUAACGCAGGCAUUUAUGUAUUCUUAGUCUGUGUCAAAACUCGCUGAUGUUUCCUCCAUCCUUGAAUGGGGACACCGAGGCGUGGAAUGGAAAUUAAUUAGACGCACGUACACUCAAUUUGUGAAACACUAUUUUGAAUUUAAGUACUCCAAACCAAAGUAGGGUGUAGUAAACUGCUUAAACUGCGAAAAACAUUUUCUUGUGCAACUUUUACCGACGAAUAAAUGAAAAUUAUGAAAA